AUGGGCUCUCGUCUUGAUGCGACAUCCAACGCCGUGCGUAAAAGGAUUGAAAGUCAUGAUUUCCAAGAUGAAGCGGGUGAAGAAUACGAAGCAUCCAGCUUUGGGGGAUUUGGCGACUAUAUGCGACGCAAGAAAGUGAAGUUACAGAAUCUAGAUGCGGAGAUCAGAGCCACGUCGGGUGAUUGUUCGCCAAUCUUUCGCGGGGUGGUUGCGCAUGUCAAUGGCUAUACGCAGCCCUCUCUUCAAGAUCUCCAUCGUCUGAUUGUCAGCCAUGGUGGUGGUUUCUUGCAGUAUCUCGAUAGCAAGACCAUUGCCACACACAUUAUUGCCAGUUCCUUGACCCCCAAGAAGCGCGAGGAAUUUCGACGCUACCGCAUCGUGAAGCCAGCCUGGGUGACGGAAAGCAUUAAGGCUGGACGACUACUGCCUUGGGAUGAGUUUCGGGUAGUGGAUGAAGGUCAGGCUCAGAAAGUGCUUAAAUUUGACGAUGGCCGUUUCACCAGCCAAACCAACACGCCGCAGUCGGGCUACCGAGACCAAUCCAAGACAAGCUGGUACAAUUCUCAACUUCAAGCUAUGAGCACAACUGACAGAAGCCCGAUCAACUUGAAUCAGGACCCAAGCACCCCAUCAAAACUACCACCACAAGCAGCUCAAGUACCAUCUCAACCUACUCAAUCAGACUAUGGGGAUUUCCCGAGCUUUUCGGUCCUUGAGGGAGAACGAACCCUUGGCAUUUGCAAUGAUCUCCAAGGGGAAAUGUAUGCCUCAAUUGAUCCUGAGAUCGCUUCUGUUGAUACCCAAUCUAAAGAUCCCUUACCUAAUGCAUCCGGAUCGCCUAUGAACAAUACACAUAUCUCCCAGGCACCCAAGCAAAUGACAUCAGAGGAAUAUAAUGCACAGCUCCUAUCUGACCCUCGAAUGAGGAAAUCAAGUGUUGUGAACCCGGAGUUUCUCCAGCAGUAUUAUCGAGAAUCUCGCCUUCAUCACUUAUCAACAUGGAAAGCUGAACUGAAAGCUCAGCUUCAGGCUGCUACCAGAGAAAAGGCUUUGUUACGAGCCUCUAUAAAGCCGGCGCCGGGGGCAAGAAGAUACAUUCUUCAUGUUGACUUCGAUUCAUUCUUCGCCGCUGUUUCUAUCCUCAAACACCCUGAACUGCGGGAAAAGCCAGUGGCCAUUGCUCAUGGCUCUGGUUCUGGCUCUGAAAUCGCAAGCUGUAAUUAUGUUGCGCGUGGUCGUGGUGUCAAAAAUGGAAUGUGGAUGAAAGGCGCCUUGCAGGCCUGUCCUGAGCUGCAGGUACUCCCUUACGACUUCCCAGCUUAUGAAGAUGCCAGUCGAAAGUUCUACAAUUCAGUGUUGUCUAUUGAUGGUGUUGCUCAGAGCGUCAGCAUUGAUGAAGCCCUGAUCGAUGUCACAACGUUGUGCCUGGAGGCGGGUGGUUCAGAUGGGAAGGCUGUAUCAGAAGGUUCCAUCUACCGCGAGCAACUCAAGGCAGACGAGAUAGCACAAGAUUUGCGCGACCAGAUUAAGGAGAGAACCGGAUGUGCUGUGUCGGUGGGAAUUGGCGGCAAUAUUUUGAUGGCCAAGGUGGCAUUGCGUAAGGCGAAGCCUGCUGGUCAGUUCCAGUUGAAGCCGGAUGAUGUUUUGGAUUUCAUUGGAAAUCUCACUGUGCAAGAUCUACCGGGCGUCGGUUAUAGCCUUGGGUCAAAAUUGGAAGAACUUGGAGUGAAAUAUGUCAAAGACGCCCGGGAUCUCACCAAAGAAAGAUUGACCUCUACCCUGGGACCAAAGACGGGCACUAGGAUUUGGGAAUAUGCCCGGGGCAUUGACAAGACGGAAGUUGGCAAUGAAGUCAUGAGGAAGUCGGUUUCGGCAGAGGUCAAUUGGGGCAUUCGAUUCGUUAAUCAGGACCAAGCCGAUGAUUUUGUUCGGUCCCUAUGCGAGGAAUUGAGCCGAAGGCUGGUUGAGAAUCUCGUCAAGGGCAAACAACUAACCCUCAAGGUCAUGCGGAGAUCUAUGGAUGCGCCACUGGAGCCCGUCAAGCAUCUUGGCCAUGGAAAAUGCGAUGUCUUCAACAAAAGUGUGGUCAUUGGCGUGACCACCAACACCGCAGAUAUUUUAGCAAAGGAAGCCGUCUCGAUGUUGAAAAGCCUCAAUUUUUCACCAGGUGAUCUCAGAGGUCUCGGGGUGCAAAUGACCAAGCUAGAACCCCUGAAACCUGGGCCCUCGUCCAGCCUUGAAAGCAGCCAGCGCCAAUUGAACUUUCAAAAAUCCCCAUCUCGCAAACCCGUCAAUACGGAUCCGGAUGAAUUGGAGAGCCCACGCAAAGGAUAUUCCGCUCGAAUCCAGGUUGAUCCUGUACUGAGCAACAGUGCACACAAGCCAUUGAACAUUUCGGGUUCCCAGUUUAUCAUGCCCACACAGGCAGACCCAAAGGUUGUCUCCGAGUUACCGGGCGAUAUCAGAUCAAGGCUUGUGGCCCAGGCAAAAGACCGACGUGACUCGCACUCCCGGUCCCCUUGCCCUCCAUCCCGUCGAUCUCUGGGACCCAGUGUGACAGAUCUCCCUCCACAGUCACAGUUGGAUCCCGAAACUUUGGCGGCAUUGCCCGACGAUGUUCGAAAUGAGGUCCUGGGAUACUAUUGUCAACCACCCGGUGCAGCCGCUCAGUCAGCGGCUCCUGCAUUAUCUUGGCCAGGGCCUGCACCAGGUGGGUCCCUUGGGCUACGACGACCAGCCUCACCACCGAAGAAACGGCGGGGACGUCCGCCAAAGUCUGCAACGAGUAGCAAUAAGGCUCUGGCUCAGUCCACCUUUGGUUUCUCGCGCCCACCGGCUUUACCUGAUCCUGCCAUGGCCGUGCGAAAUCAAAUUCCUGGGCCUCAGCAGCAGUCUCCGGCUGUUGAAGAGCCGGGUGUUUCUGCUGAAUUUCUAGCUGCGCUGCCCGAGGAUAUUCGACGAGAGGUCCUUGAGGACCAGGAACGGGCCAGGCUCCAGCGAGCUCGAACCGCCCCAUCUACGGCAGCUCGGCCAAUUUCGCAACCACAGGCACCGGCUCCUGCCCCGAUCCCGGUCGAGAGAACAUUACAUCUCUCUCCUCUCCCCGAGCGGCCCGUGUUCACGUCCCGCCGCCUGUCCAGCUUGCCGGAUUUGCGGGAUGCCGUGAGUGCCUGGCAUGCUGCUUUUGCGACAGACGGCCCAUACAGUGAAGAUGCGGAGGUGCUCUGCACCUAUCUUUUCCGCGUCGUUGCAGAUGAGAGGGAUAUUGAUAAAGCCGUUUCUGUGGUUCGUUGGCUGAUAUGGCUCGUCGACGAAGAUUCACUCCAGCGUGGGCCUGGGGGAAACAAAAGCCCGCCAUCCGGCCAAGGUGGACAAGGCAUAGUGGCCUGGAUAGAUGCUAUCGACUCGAUGAAACGACGUAUACAGGGUGCAUUGGAGAAGAGAGGUCUGCCGCCUGUGGAUUUCGACUAA